CUGAGGCGGGGGCCGGGGAGUGCCCGACACCGUGCCUGACCCCGCGGGUGACAAGAGCCGGUUCUUUCCGGGCUGGGUGGCAGCGAGCGGCCCUGAGCCCCGCCCCAGGCCGGCAGGCGGAGAAGGAGCCGGUGGGGGUAGGGGGUGCGGCGGGGGGGGGUGGGGGUCCUCCGGCGCUUGGGGGUACCAGUCCCCGCCGGCUGCCGAGCGGAAGGGGUGGCGGAGGAGCCGCAGCGAUGUCCGGCCAGAGCUUGACGGACCGAAUCACCGCCGCCCAGCACAGUGUCACCGGCUCCGCCGUAUCCAAGACAGUAUGCAAGGCCACGACCCACGAGAUCAUGGGGCCCAAGAAAAAGCACCUGGACUACUUAAUUCAGUGCACAAAUGAGAUGAAUGUGAACAUCCCACAGUUGGCAGACAGUUUAUUUGAAAGAACUACCAACAGUAGUUGGGUGGUGGUCUUCAAAUCUCUCAUUACAACUCAUCAUUUGAUGGUGUAUGGAAAUGAGCGUUUUAUUCAGUAUUUGGCUUCAAGAAACACAUUGUUUAACUUAAGCAAUUUUUUGGAUAAAAGUGGAUUGCAAGGUUAUGACAUGUCUACAUUUAUUAGGCGGUAUAGUAGAUAUCUAAAUGAAAAAGCAGUUUCAUACAGACAAGUUGCAUUUGAUUUCACAAAAGUGAAGAGAGGGGCUGAUGGAGUUAUGAGAACAAUGAACACAGAAAAACUCCUAAAAACUGUACCAAUUAUUCAAAAUCAGAUGGAUGCCCUUCUUGAUUUUAAUGUUAAUAGUAACGAACUUACAAAUGGGGUAAUAAAUGCUGCCUUCAUGCUCCUGUUCAAGGAUGCCAUUAGACUGUUUGCAGCAUACAAUGAAGGAAUUAUUAACCUGUUGGAAAAAUAUUUCGAUAUGAAAAAGAACCAGUGCAAAGAAGGUCUUGACAUCUAUAAGAAGUUCCUGACUAGGAUGACAAGAAUCUCAGAGUUUCUCAAAGUUGCAGAGCAAGUUGGAAUUGACAGAGGUGAUAUACCAGAUCUUUCACAGGCCCCCAGCAGUCUUCUUGAUGCUUUGGAACAACAUUUAGCUUCCUUGGAAGGAAAGAAAAUCAAAGAUUCUACAGCUGCAAGCAGAGCGACAACACUUUCCAACGCAGUCUCUUCCCUGGCAAGCACUGGCCUGUCUCUUACCAAAGUGGAUGAAAGGGAAAAGCAGGCAGCAUUAGAGGAAGAACAGGCUCGUUUAAAAGCUUUAAAGGAACAGCGCCUAAAAGAACUUGCAAAGAAACCUCAUACCUCUUUAACAACUGCAGCCUCUCCUGUGUCCACCUCAGCAGGGGGUAUAAUGACUGCACCAGCCAUUGACAUCUUUUCUACCCCUAGUUCUUCUAACAGCACAUCAAAGCUACCAAAUGAUCUGCUUGAUUUGCAACAGCCUACUUUUCACCCGACAGUACUUCCUAUGUCAACUGCUUCUCAGGUAGCAAGUACAUGGGGAGAUCCUUUCUCUGCUACUGUAGAUGCUGUUGAUGAUGCCAUUCCAAGCUUAAAUCCUUUCCUCACAAAAAGUAGUGGUGAUGUUCACCUUCCCAUUUCUUCAGAUGUAUCCACUUUUACUACUAGGACACCUACUCAUGAAAUGUUUGUUGGAUUUACUCCUUCUCCAGUUGCACAGCCACAUCCUUCAGCUGGCCUUAACGUUGACUUUGAAUCUGUGUUUGGAAAUAAAUCUACCAACGUUAUUGUAGAUUCUGGGGGCUUUGAUGAACUAGGUGGACUUCUAAAACCAACAGUGGCCUCUCAGAACCAGAGUCUUCCUGUUGCCAAACUCCCUCCCAACAAGUUAGUAUCUGAUGACUUGGAUUCAUCCUUAGCCAACCUUGUGGGCAAUCUUGGCAUUGGAAAUGGAACCACUAAGAAUGAUGUAAAUUGGAGUCAGCCAGGUGAAAAGAAGCUAACUGGAGGAUCUAACUGGCAACCAAAGGUUGCACCAACAACUGCUUGGAAUGCUGCAACAAUGAAUGGCAUGCAUUUUCCACAAUACGCGCCCCCUGUAAUGGCCUAUCCUGCUACUACACCAACAGGCAUGAUAGGAUAUGGAAUCCCUCCUCAAAUGGGAAGUGUACCUGUCAUGACACAACCAACCUUAAUAUAUAGCCAGCCUGUCAUGAGACCACCAAACCCUUUUGGCCCUGUAUCAGGAGCACAGCUGUCGGCAGCAUCCAGCCCCUCCAGUCACAGUCCUCACAGAGCUUCAGGAAAGGACCCUUUUGCAGAGCUCUCUUUGGAGGAUUUCUUAUAAAUCACUUUAGAUACAGUUUAUGUAACUAGAUGGAAGAGAAUGGAAUUACUCCAAAAAGACAAGUGCUCAAGCGGCAAAUACUUAACUUCCAGCAAAAUCCAAACUGCUGUCUCUUAAACUCUCUUCUUCCAUUAGAAUGCUACAGUAACCCAGUGAAGGCCCACGAAGGAAAUUGGGACUAGCCUAUAGGAGAAUGUAUCAAUACAGUUUAUAAAGCCACGAAUUGCCAUGAUUUCAGACUAAGAUCUGUCUUUUUGGUGACUAACCCUUCAGUUCUCUCAACUCCUAUUAAUACCCAUAAUCAGUAACCUACCAAGAAAAGCCCUUAUUUGGAAAGUGUGAAAUUUGUAUUUGGAAAAGCUGCCUGGAGAGAAGAGCUGUGUCCUUUACUGUAAUGCAGCAGGACUCUUUUGGGGGGAUCAAGUCAUAAUUCUUAAUUAUGCAGUAUCUUUCUUUUCUCCGGUCCUCACAGAUACAGAAACAGUAACUAAAAUUAACUUUUCUUUUAAAAAAAUUAUAUAUUCAGUUUGCAGUAGACAUUCCUUAAGUAUUUGUAUUUAUUUAUGAUUAUCAAUUUACAUAACAUUAAUAUUGUAUCAAACCUCCUUAUGAAAAUGAGUAUGGAUGUACACGGUAUGUUUGAUUUUUAUCCACAAGAAUGAAUCUGAUUCAGAAUGCUUUCCAGCUGACAUACAGAGCACUAAAUAUUUUAAGGCAAGUCCAUAGGUCUGAAUCGCCUAAGAAUUCUCAGUCUCUAUGGGAUUUAGGGAAGCAUUAUAAAUGCAUUAAUCCUUAUAGUCAUUUCUGUGCCUAGGAUUUUGCAAGGGAACAGUUCACUGACUAGGAAGAGCACUACAUUUUAAAUUCAGCAUUAGUGCAUUGGGAAGGAACUUUACUGCUUUGUGCUUGGCAUGUCAUUAUUUUCCAUUUGACAUUAGGGCCUUUCCAAAAUGAAUGUGAGGAAUUGCUUUCACUUCAAGACUUUCCUUCUUUUCAGUAAAACUCUAGGAGGUGUUAUGGGGGGAGGGAGGGGGACAAAAUCCUUGAACCUUUUAUUUGGCUCAUGCCAUGUUAUGAUCAUGUAUCUUUUAAAUAAGGGGAAAUAAUGUCUUUAAAGUUAAUGUCUAGGCAAGAGUUUAGUUAACGAAGAAUUAAACUGCACUGUUGAUCGGUGCUUUGUGUAAAUACAUCUUAAUGUUGGGUUGAGAGGGGCCUUAAGAAGGACAGUUCAUUGUAGGAAAGCAAUUCUGUACAUGAGUUUAAGCAUACUUGUUGCAUUGUCUCUGCAGAUUCUAUUUUUGUUUACAAUAUUAAAAUGUAUGUUAGCAAAAAUGGGUGGAUUUUCAAAUAAAACGCAGCUUCCACAAAA